UUUUCCUUUAUAUCUGACGGACACAGUAUAGGAAACAGAGUGGAGCAGGCUUAAAUGUUUAAGGAAUGCCGUGCUCAGGUGGGAAGGUGUAGGACGUUGUUGUGGGGGAGGGAAGACUUACGUGGCCGCCAACCUUGUGAGAUUCAUGUGUCCACCCCGUGCUCCCCACAAGUGGGUGAGCGAGUGGGUCACUGAGUGGGUGGACUCUGGCCUCUAUGCUGACCACUGCUGUGGACACAAUGGCUGACCACACACCCUGGCUCCCUGUCCUCGCCCUGCUCCCUGUCCUCGUCCCUGUCCUGACUGAGCCCACAGUGUUCCUCCCGGCCCCCCGGGCCCUGGGGUUGCUGUCUCGCGCCCGCCGGGCGGGCCCCCGCCUGCUGGAAGAGCUGUUUGAGGGGGACCUGGAGCGGGAGUGCUUCGAAGAGAUCUGCACCCUGGAGGAGGCCCGCGAGGUGUUCGAGGACGAGCAGCGCACGGACGACUUCUGGAAACGCUACAUGGGCGGCUCCCCGUGUGUGUCCCAGCCCUGCCUUAACAAUGGCACCUGCCAGGACCACGUCCGCGGCUACUCCUGCUCCUGCAGCUCAGGGUUCGAAGGCCCCAACUGCGCCUUUGCCAAGCAGGAGUGUCACCCCCUGAGGACCGACGGCUGCCAGCACUUCUGCCAUCCGGGAGAGCAGGCCUACACCUGCAGCUGUGCCCAGGGACACCGGCUGGGCGAGGACCGCAAGGCCUGCGAGCCCCUGGACCAGUGCGCCUGCGGGGUCCCGACUCCGGGUGACCAGGCCGACGCCACGGCCCCAGCGGGAUGUGUCCCUCGCGUCUUCCCGUGGCAGGUGACACUGGAGGACGGGGAGGGGACGGCGUUCUGCGCGGGCGUCCUGCUGCAGGAGGCCUUCGCGCUGACCACGGCCCGCUGCGCCCUGCUCCACGCUAACAUCAGCGUGCGCGCCGGGGCCCCCGGAGCAGGCGCGGAGCCCAGGUGGGUGUCCCGGUGGCACGUGCACCCCGGCUUCAGCCCCGGGUCACCCAGACGCUCGGACUAUGACGUGGCGGUGCUAGAGCUGGACCCGCCCCUGCGCUGCGUGGACGUGGGGCCGCCCGUCUGCCUGCCCGAGUGGGCCUUCGCGGAGCGUGUGCUGGUCCCGGGCUCGGCUGGGCUGCUUACUGGCUGGACACUCCGGGGCCCCGGGCCGGCCACCCCCGCCCAGCUGCCCGUCACCGCUCUGGACGGCAGGGCCUGCGCCACGACCCUUGGGACACCCCCCGGCACCAGGCUCUCCUGCGAGCGGCCGCUGGCGGCCUCGGGGGCACGUUGGUGGGCAGGCAGCACGGUGGUGCGCUGGCAUCGGGGCGCCUGGUUCCUGACGGGGCUGUUGGGCGGGGUUCCCGGCGAGGGGACCCCGGGGACGCCCCAGGGGGCGCUGCUCCUCACCAGGGUGCCCCGGCUGGCGCUCUGGCUGCGGCAGGUCACGAAGUGACGGGGGCUGUGGGGCUGGUGCUCCGGGCCCAUGGGGGGAGGAGGAGCCCGAGUAGUAGCGUGCGGGCCGGGACGCACCCACCCAGGCCCAGAGCAGGGGUGGUGCGGGGGCAGGGGAGGGGGCCUGGGAGAGGGCCGGGGGCAGGGACCGAGGGCCAGGCCGCCCAGCCGGGUCCACGCCGCGCUCUGAGCAGAGGAGCCCGAGUGGGGGACAGCCCACAGGAGGAGCCGACCCCGCUCCCACCAGCCCACCCACCCCGUCUCCUCAAACACGCACUUGGGUCCGAGCCGGUGCCGAAGCAAACGCAGAGCGAGGGGGUGUGAGCUGCCCGCAGGCCCCCGGUUCUGCCUCAGAGCCCCAGCGGGGGACAGGCCGGACCGCGCAGGGCAGCCCCCGGGACUCAGGCACACAGACCACGGCCAUCACCCACACCGGGACUGACGACGGGCUCUCGGGCCGGAGCUGGGCCUGCAGGCCACACACGGGAGAUGCCCGUGGCCCCCGGAGGGUCUGUGCCCCCAGGUACCGGUCCACACGGGCAGGGACAGAGAGCCCACGCUCUCCGGAAGAGCUUCUGUGCUGCUUUAAUCUGCUGUGAACCGAGCUCAAAUAAACAUCAUGUGGCCUCG